AUGGAGUCGAAUUUGGAAUCAACGGACAACUCCAAAAGCACCAUGCAAAAUGAAAUUUCGGAUAGUAACGGCCAUGUCGAAGACUUCAUCCUUCCUCAUGUAGUUAUGUUGAAGGGGAGUGACGGGCAAAUUACUAACAAGACCAACAGUUUUGGCAAUAGGCAAGCUCACACACCUCAACAGCAGGGAAGGAGUGUGCCUGCGGAGAGCUGCAAUACAAUGGGCAGCACUAGUGCUACCCAAGAAAGCCCCGAAAAAGGUAAACCAAUCACAGACUUAAAGUUUAGCAGCGUUCCUAUGUUGGAUGACCACCCAACUCACUCCGUUACUGAUCAUCUUCGCGAGUUUUCGUGUGAACCAGACAUGGCAGGCAGCAGCAAAUCGGCAAAAGAACCGAAACAUGAAAUAGAGGAGUCCAGCUUGAGGCAAGAGGGAAAAGAUGUUUUGGAUGUCUUGGGUAAUUACACACCAAACUCUUUUCAGCACUCACAGCGUAAGGCAAACAAAUCCGCAAGACCUGUAUCCAGAAAGGCAUCCGAAACGAAAAAGGACAGCAAGUGUCCCAAAAAAGUUGUUGCAACUCUAAAUACAAAACAUAAGAAUAACGAUAAUGGCGUGGCUUCAAAGAAAAGCGAUCCUGUCUCUUCGAAGCGGCCGCGACAGAACCUUGUGAAUUUUAAAACUCCCGAAGUCGCAACUUCCGGCUUGUCGAGGCUGGAGGUUCCAUUAGUCCCUCCAAAAGGUCCUGAAGCCGGAGGGAAGCAAACCCCAAGGUAUCUCCACAGACCGUUAGCGUCGUUUUCAGAUUUUAGAGCGGCCCUUCUCGGAAACUCCAUUCUUGCUUCCAGUUGCGAUCCAACCGGUUACUCCUUACGCUCUGAGGAGGGUGUUUCUGUGCCCCCGACGUCAUCGCCAAGUGGCGCCCAGGAGUGCCGAAAUGAGGAUGUAUUGCUCGUGCCCUCGCUUACAACGACGGUUUCAGCCAUCUUGGCAGAGGGAGUUAAGCACAAGCACUCCAUACCUCGGCACAAUCAGGGUCUGUCGUUAUCGGGGACAUCCGCUAUUUGUCUUUGCGAUUCGCAGGGGCAGGGCUCCGGGCCCACAACCGACUCUAGUAGCUCUUGUAUAUCACAAUCACAUACUAAUGGAAGGCCACCCACUGGGCUGGCGGCCUCAGCUAACCCUCAUGUAGCCGAUGCCCCGCAGGUGGCGAUGGGUACAUCGCAUGGUGUAUCGUCGGUUCGCGAUCUUCCCCCAAUACCAAACCAUUGUCUCAGAGGUAAGCACAGCUCUUUGGGGGAGGCUAAGAAUGAUGAAUGCGCCUUCCAUAUUGAUGGAAUCGAUGGCGUUACGUACCCCAGCAUGCUUCCAUUUAUUCGCUUUGCACAGACUUGGGUGAUUUCAAGUAGACCCCUGUCGGACCACCCCGGCGUGGUUGCUGCACAACCCCAGCAGUAUGAGCUUCAACCGUGUAGUCCCCCCACGGCGGGGCUCGUGGAGGGCAAGGGGGUACUUCCUCUUCUCUCGCCAAAAGACGUCCAGGGGAUGGGUGGUGGUGAUGCGAGCUCUUCCAGUGGGGCCAACAGCGUUAAUAAGCGGGGUCAUGCGUUACAUGACGUCAUGCAUUCGGACCCCUCUUCCGGGGUGAUGAGGAUGGGCAGUGGGGCUGCCACGGUGCCAAGGCCUAUCCAGUUCACACUCCUUACGGAUCGCGUUGAUACGUUGCUUCCGGCGUGGUGCUUCUUGACUUCUUAUCUUCUUGCUCCCACAGGGGAUGUCGAGCGAGCACAUGUUGAGCAUCCACCGUUGUCACAUUCACACUUGAUUCUGGAGAAAGAGGAUGACAAGGAGGGAUCCCCCACAUGGAACCCUUCUUCUCUUUCUGAAAGAACUACCCAUUUGCCGUUGAAGCGAUGCUUUUCUAUCUAUCCGUUAGCUUUCCCUCAAUUGACACCUUCUGGGGUGGGCGAGGGCGGCGUUAGCAAGACAUCGAGCCCUACUUUGACCUGUUGUGACCGAAUUAUCGAUACAAAUUCGACAUACUCCUCCCACCCCUUGAAAGUAGAAUGUGGUGAAAAAGAGAAGUAUAUUUAUUACCAGGUGCGAGUGAGGAUCUGCUUGAACGUCGAGGAUCACGCCUCUCUUGAUAAUUCCGAGGUUCAUUUCCCCACGCCGCGUGAUACUAAGGUUGAUAUGAUGACCGUGAGCGAGUCCACUGACCACUGUACAUCCGACACUACCACCAAUAACCACCUACCGAUGCUCUGCCCCAUCGAUGCGGAACUACGUUUUUCCCGCUACCAGCACAAUCAGGAAGCUCUCCAGCUGUUCGCCCAGAGUAAGACUCUUUCUGUGUUGUAUCUUCGAGCCCAGCUGAAUGAUGCCGCGCUUCAGCUGAUUGCUCAUGCACCGACGGCAUCGGAGUGUAUGAUGAUCACUUCACAGAAAGAGAUAAUAAGUUCUAUGAGCGGGAAAGAUUUCACGUCAUGUCAGACCGACCUCGGUGAAGCAGCAAGCGUACAGCAUAACACUUCACGAGAAAAUAUUUUUGAAACACCGUGUGAGAGUCGUGUUAAUGUCGAAGUGAACCCGGCCUCCUUUUUCCACCCCAUGCCUCCUGACCUACAGAGAGAGGAAGGUGAAAUCGUUAUCAAGCCCAUCGGUUUGAGAGUUGAAUCGGAUGUUCUGUCGAGGGAAGCGGGCUUAACCCCUUUGUCAGCUCUCACCAUUACAUUCACUUUAACCGCGUGCACCACGGCAUCCGUGAUGGUCGAGGGCUGCUGUGAGGGCCCCAACGCAGCAGAGAAUCAUGGAAAGGAGGAGCAUGGAAUCUGCAUAUCAAAGUCGCGUUUGGUGUAUCGCACCCUUGUGAGUGUCUUUCCCGAGGCCUUUAUUCUCUCGCCUCACACUUCGAGGGUUGAGUUUGGAAUGUGUAGUGUUUGCAAGCCAACGCUGUCCAUGCCGAAUGGUAGCGUUGUGGCCAGUGAAGGCGACGUGGACUUUCCUUCUCUACGGGUUAAGGAAUGGAAGGAUCUUUCGUUCGAGGAGCUGCGCCUGCACUGCGUCCUGCGUACUAACCAAAUUUCUCUCGAUGUUACUCAUCCUCAUUCGGAGUUCACAGAGGCAUCAACCAUUGAGUCAGCUUGCAAUUUGCACGAAAGUAGUGACACGGAAAAAGUUGAGGAAAACCAUCAGAUGGAUGUCUUGGAGCCCCACGGGGAGGUGGUUGUGGAUACGGAAGGCAUUAAGGAGGAGGAAAAUCAAGUCGACGCAAACCAUUCCCCCGAAACGAAUGAAAACCCCACGCCGGAGGUGAUACUAGCUGAGGAAAAAUGUGACAUCUGCCCGGAUCUGUCUAGCUGUAACACCGAGCCUGAGGGAAAUAAUUUUUCAUGCGAGUAUCAAAAAUAUAAUGAGGUUAAUAACACCAGUAGAGGUCAUGAAGUUAAUAGUCCCCAGGAUGCUGCUCUCGAGAUAUUUGUGCAGGAAAAGAGUAUGGAAGCGGAGUCUAAAGAGGAGCAAAUGGAAUGGGAUGUGCGAGAUAUGACGGCUGAACUCACAGAGAAAACACAGGAGGUCUGUCGCGAAGCGGAACAGAUUGACUUUCUGAUUAAAAAUUACCACAAGCUAUAUGGGAUCCCUGAGCAGCUGUCGGAUAAAAUGAACUUAAUGUUUGAUACACCUCGAGUGCCUCGGCUAGGCCAUGCACGACGUACCGAUCCCAGCCUUACUUCGAGUACGAGACGUGGCAAAAAGUCCUUGGUAGAUACUGAGGCAGCGAAGAGGGAGGCUGAGUUUAUUUCUGCGCUCGUAAACUCCUUUAUUGCACCGCAUGUGGCCUUAUUCACCGCAAAAAGCAUCGAAGAGGAAGGGAAGAGCACCUGUGAGGAUCCUGAUAGAGAGCCACACACGUUCUUUUCCGAACGUUACGGAGGGAACUUGAGCUCGCUAAUCACUGUGGUGAACACCAUAAUGUGGGAAAACGUGACGAAAUCAGUGAAGAACACGAUCGAAGGGUUCGACGACAGAGAUAAGACAGCGUUGCUUGAAUCCCUUUUUACAUCUUUAUGUUUUUCAUCAUCUUCUGAGACUUCAUUCACUACGAGUUGGGCCUCGCAUCACGGAGAACCACUUCUGCGAGGACUUAGGAGGGAUCUGUUUAGCUUAACAGAUCAUCCGAUUUUACAUUCGGCUUCUCUCGUUGAUUAUCCAACGUUUACCUCUUUUUCAGGAGCUACCGGUGAUGUGCGUUUGUCUGAGGGGGGAGUUACCUCUGUCGCCAGCGCCGGAGCACUGCCACCACGAGUAGCAGUGGUAGGGGAGCAAGUCUUGGGCGCUAAGUUGUGUAAAACUGGACGGAAAAGUAAGUCUCAUACCAGCCGAGCAGGGUUUGCUUCUACGAAUGAUUCUCGUACACAAAAGCCUGAGGAGCUGCUCUUAUUACCGGCGCUUCGUGUUGUAGCGACUGCCGCUGCCGGGGUUUCGGGCUUUUCGUCGUCCGCCCACUCACGACUUUCCUCACAGAGUCUGGAGAGGGAAUCGGGGUUACCCAGCACGGACAACAUUCCGCUCGUGGGUACCUUCCGUAUUAUUUUUAAGUUCCCCAGGGCUCUUUCAAAGGCCAAAACCAAACUUCAUGAGGCGGAAAAAAGUCUUGAGCGCUGGUUAGCCGCCCUGCGUGACGUGCAUGCGAGUUUACAGUGGAACACGGUAACAUUGCUGGAGGGGUCGGUUCUGCCCUUUUUAAGUGAGCACAUGUUAAUUAUGUGGGAUGGGUGGAAAGGGCUGUGUGAUCUCCACACACGUUGCAUCGGUACUCAUACCAUACUUAAUCCGAAUACAGGUAAUACGGAUAUUUUUGUUUCCGACAUGUCGUGUAUCACAGAUCUGGGAGCAUUGACAAAAUCCAUAGAUGCGUCAGAAUUUAGCUCAAAUAGUUCAAAAAAUGUAGCAGAUGAGUUCUUAUCCUCUUCUCACGCUGUGGAGCAUUUUGAGAUGGAAUGCUUGCACUCCGAGAGGAAGCCAUUAGGCACAAGUUUAGAUCCGGAAAGUAGAAGCGUAUCCCGAGAAUCCUUAGCCUUGUUGACGGCUUCUCAGAAAAUGUCUGCUAAGCAGAGGAAAAAGAGCAUGGAGACCCAUAAGCAGACUUCGAAUCGACAUUUAGACAAUAAUGAAAAGACACAAAAAAAUACCAGUGUGGGCGAGGACGAUGGGGUUUGUCCUCCCGUGCAGGAGCGGGGUUGCCUUCUCAACGAGGCACCCGUAUUAAAGGCGUUUGAUUCCUCAGAAAAGGGUCCAAUUAACGCGGCAAAUGUAAAGAACACGAUCUCUAAAAUGACGCUGCGGAAGCAAGGAAUCCGUAAAACUUCCAAAAAUUAUAAAGAGGCUGAUGUUACCACUAGGCUUGUUCUACCAUUUAUUAUGAUUGGCGCGCUGCUUAUGUUACUACUUGUGUACAUCUAA